UUGAUAAAGUAUUUAGUAUAGAAAGGAUGACAUUUGAGAAAGCAAUUGGUAUUGAUUUAGGAACAACAUUUUCAUGUGUAGGAGUUUGGCAGAAUGAUAGAGUAGAAAUUAUUGCCAAUGAUCAAGGAAACCGAACUACGCCAUCAUAUGUGGCAUUUUCGGAUACAGAACGGUUAAUUGGGGAUGCGGCAAAGAAUCAAGUUGCUAUGAAUCCAUCGAACACGGUUUUUGAUGCAAAACGACUAAUUGGUCGUAAAUUUGGGGAGCCAGAGGUCCAGGCGGAUAUGAAGCAUUGGCCAUUUAAAGUGGUUAAUAAGGAUGGAAAGCCCUAUAUUGAGGUUGAAUUUAAGGGGGAAUCUAAAACAUUUACACCGGAAGAAAUUUCAUCAAUGGUCCUUAUAAAGAUGAAAGAAGUGGCGGAAUCGUAUCUUGGAAAAACCAUAACGAAUGCAGUUAUUACUGUUCCAGCGUAUUUUAAUGAUUCUCAACGACAAGCUACAAAGGAUGCAGGGUUGAUUGCAGGAUUGAAUGUUCUUCGUAUUAUCAAUGAGCCUACUGCAGCAGCUAUUGCAUAUGGAUUGGAUAAGAAGACAGAAGGAGAGAAAAACGUACUUAUUUUUGAUCUUGGAGGAGGUACAUUUGAUGUAUCGUUAUUGACGAUUGAAGAGGGCAUAUUUGAAGUCAAGGCAACAGCGGGUGAUACUCAUUUAGGAGGAGAAGAUUUUGAUAAUCGUCUUGUACAACACUUUGUUCAAGAGUUUAAACGUAAGCAUAAGAAAGAUAUCAGUGGGAAUCCGCGUGCACUUCGACGACUUAGAACAGCAUGUGAGCGUGCUAAACGAUCCCUUUCUUCAUCAACACAAACAAGCAUUGAAAUAGAUUCCUUAUACGAAGGCAUUGAUUUAUAUACUUCUAUUACUCGUGCUCGAUUCGAAGAGCUUUGCCAAGAUCUUUUCCGAGGAACUAUGGAGCCAGUUGAAAAGGUCCUUCGAGAUGCUAAAAUUGACAAAUCAAGUGUUCACGAAAUUGUCUUGGUCGGUGGUUCUACACGUAUUCCUCGUGUUCAGAAAUUAGUUAGCGAUUUCUUUAAUGGUAAAGAACCUAACAAAUCAAUCAAUCCCGAUGAAGCAGUUGCGUAUGGUGCUGCUGUACAAGCAGCCAUUCUUUCCGGAGAUACUUCGGAAAAAACGCAAGACUUGCUUUUGCUCGAUGUGGCUCCUCUUUCAAUGGGUAUCGAAACUGCAGGUGGUGUAAUGACUCCACUUAUAAAACGAAAUACAACCGUUCCUACUAGGAAAUCCGAGGUUUUCUCCACUUAUUCAGACAACCAACCCGGUGUAUUGAUUCAAGUAUUCGAAGGAGAACGUCCACGUACACGUGAUUGUCAUUUACUUGGUUGCUUCGAUUUGACAGGUAUUCCACCAGCACCUCGUGGUGUUCCUCAAAUCGAAGUUACCUUCGAUGUGGAUGCAAACUCAAUUCUUAAUGUUUCUGCGGUCGAGAAAGGAACUGGCAAAACGAAUAAGAUUGAAAUUAAAAAUGAAAAGGGACGUUUAAGCAAGGAAGAAAUAGAACGUAUGAUUCAGGAAGCAGAAAAAUAUAAAGCAGAAGAUGAAGAAGAAGCACAACGUGUCUCUGCUAAAAAUGCAUUAGAAUCUUAUGCCUAUAGUUUGAAAAAUACUGUGUCAGAUAGCAAAGUGUCAGAUAAAAUUAGCGAAACAGAAAAAUCAAAACUUGAGAAAGCAAUAAGUGACGUCACUUCAUGGUUGGAAACAAAUCAAACCGCUACGAAAGAAGAAUAUACUUCUAAACAAAAAGACCUUGAGACCAUAGCCGGACCUAUCAUGAUGAAAUUAUAUCAAUCAGGUGAAGGUGUUCCAGGAAUGGGAGGAGCAUGUUCUCAACCAGGCGGUUUCCCUGGAACAACUGAUGAUCAUGGGCCAUCUGUGGAAGAAGUAGAUUAAGAACAAUAGAAUCAAUGCUGUAUUUUUUUUUUUUGAAAUGUAUCGU